AUGUCGCGAAUCAUUUUUGAUAACAAUGAAUUUGAAAAAAUUGAUGCUGGUGGUAAUGCAAAUGUUGUUGAAAAUUGGACAUCAUUUGAAACCUAUGCUGAAAAUAUUUUGGGGGUGAAUAGCAAGAAUGAUUACAAAGUUGAAAUGGGAAGAUCGGGCACACAUGCAUCAGUAAUAGAGUGCAAGGCAGCCGCAGACUGUUAUCGUAUUAAUAUUAUUGUCAUGAGACUCAAUAACGAUGGGUCACAUUUUAGGAUAGAUAAUAGUAUGCCAAAUUAUGCUGAUACAAUUUAUUUAUUACUUACUGGAAAUCAUAAUGAUAAUAUUCGUGAUAGUCAUUUUCAAAUUUUAAAACCUGUCAAUAAUAAUAGCAAUAAUUAUUACAUGCGUAAUAAUGACAAUUCUUGUAAUUUUGAUUUUUGUGAAAUUGCUCCAAAAUCCGGUAGACCAGCGAUACCGGUCGAUAUUUUUCUCCAAGGGAUGAUUCGACAAACUAUUCAUGGAUUUUACGCGGAAAAAAUGUAUCCUUCUUUAGAAAUGGUUCAUAAAAAAUUACAAGAGUGUGAACACAUACCCGAUUUCAAGUUAACAACACUUAAAACUUGGUGUAAAAAAUUAAAUUUUUCAUAUAAAAAAUUCAAUAAAAAAACCCGUUUGGAUGGAAAGUGUAUCGGUUGCCGCACAAAGAGACACUUAUCUUCGUCAAAUAGCGCAUUACAGCGAAAAUGGUUACAACAUUUUUUAUACUGA